ACCCAAGGAAAGCUUACACAGUAUCAGCACCACAGGAAGAAAAACAAUCAAAAAAUCUUACUUCCUUUGGACCAAAAACAACAUGGAAAGGUAAUUCAACGAAGAGGAGGAGCAAAAAAUAAAUUAUUAGAAAAAGGGAUGAAAACACCAUCAUCACUUGUCAUCAAUCUACUGACAAGCAUACAUAAAAGCAACUGUUUAUUACUGCAGGAAAAUACACAAAGAAGGCUGUCAGUCAAGUCCCUGACAACAGAAAUUAUUAGUUCUUUCCCAUGUACCUCAAAACCUAGAUCUCUCCAUCUGGUCCAUCUCCACAAACCUGAGUUAUUUUUUUCUGUCUUCUCUGGGCUACUGGGUUAGUGGGGUUUAAAUGGAAUCUUUUGCAUAACUUAUUCCAGUCUGAUAAUGGCAUGCAAUACAUACAUGUACAUUUUGUAUUAUUUGCGGUAUGCUGGAAUUGGUUUUUGGUCUCUAAAUAAUUAGUUAUGGAAAAUGGAGAAAUCUCUCAUGAACUCAUCUUUUCCAGCAGCAGCCAGAGGUGGAUCCAGAAAAUUCAGAAAGGGGUGGCUGGGAUACUUGCCCACUUGCCAGCUAUAUAGAAACGUUUUAUUGUUCUGAGAGUCCUAUAAAAAUAAUACAAAAUAAUUUGAAGGAAAAAAGGCCCCCUUUGGCCCACCCCUAAAUCCGCUCUUACUGUUGCUUAAUGUUACAGCUCUUUUGUUACUGAGAAGAAGCUGAUAGGUGCCUGAAUCAGGGCGAGAUGAAAAUUAAAACUCAUUGCCCUUUGGGCAAACUGUUGCUGAAGAUGAGUUGCUUCACUAGCCCUGGGCUAUCAGAUAGCAGUUUUGUUGCACCCUGUUAAUGGUGUGCCAAAUUGGUGACAGAGUGUUGAAAAAAUUUGUGAAAAAUUGUGUUUUGAUGAAUUUGUAUACUUUAAGAAACUACGAAAUCUGUAGAUUAAAUAAAAAUACAAAAUACACUGUAUGCCAUUGGCCAACUUAAUUAAUCCAUAAGGUUAAGUCACAACAAUUAUUUAAAACAUCUACAAAACAAACUUGAAUGUUAAAUGUGUCUGCUACUCAGCUUUUGAAACAUCAUGUACAAUUCUUUCUAACUUUCUAAACUUGUUGUAAAUUGCUAUACCAUAAAUUUUCAAUUGAUCUAUUAAAAUCUCAUUCUAGAAAAAUCACGUAAAUUGACAACACUGUACCCUCCUAAAUGCAAAUUUCUGACUCCCUUUAAAUGGCAAAACAAAAGGAACAAAAUAUUUUCAGCAAUCUGUUCAAGAUGCAAGAAUAAUUCAAGCUGAAAAUAAUAAUAUUAGCCUCACUGAGCUUUCAAAUAACAAAAUAUUCAUGAUUUUUCAUGUCUUCAUUAAUGAUGAAAGUUUCAUUUUUAUUUGCACUUACACUGUAGUUGUAAAAAAUACCGCUUAAGAACACAGGAACAUUUUCGUAAUAACCGGUAGUUUCACUAUAUACAAAUUUAUGUACGUGGGUUUUUCCAUAUGUCAUGAGACUGUGCCCCUUCAGAUCAAAAUAGAGAGCUGAAGCAACAACAACUGUAACAGCAAUAAAGACAUCAAAAAAGCAAACUACAUUAAUUUUAUACUUCUCCUAGGCCAAACAAGAAGACACACUUUUUUGACAUCACUGCAUAAAAGCCACAUAAAAUUCCCUCUGUUAGUGGACUUUUUAUGGAGGACGUAAACACACCACAAAUGGAUUUCUCUUUCUCCUACUAAACUACAGUCGUACCUCUCAGCACGGACACCUCUCCUAUGUUACAGACAGUUUCCAAUGUCCUGACAAAAUUCUCCUAUAUUGACCUUAAAAAUAUACCUACUUCUAUGAUAUGGACUCUCUCUAAUACGGACAACGGACAAUAAAUUUUGGCCCCAGAGAGUAAAUUCAAUAUAAACUUAACCUCUUUAUUACGGACGCUCUAGUAAUCAGGUGAAUUCCGAAUCUCGAUCAGGUGAAUUUGCACGGGUAAAUCCCAUCUAGUCUGGCUGAUGAGCUAUGCAAGGUGACUUCAAAAGCCCAGUCGCUGUAUACCAAACAACUUUUUGAAGGCUUCAAUAACUACAGAUACCAUGAAGAUCUUUUCCAUUACAUUUUGUACUCUAGUUACCGUUUACUACUUGCAAAAUAGCGAAAGGCGCUUUCAGAAUUGUGCUUUACGUUACAACUUUUUACAUCCAGCAUUGUGCUGUAGCUCUUUUGAUCUUAAAACAGUGAUAUGUCUACGACUGUACGUAUGUAGCUGAUAUGUACAAUUUUGUAUGCUACUGAAAGACAGUGUCUUAGUACUGUGAAUUAAUAAACUUCAAUGAGCUGUUGCACUAUACUUUUAUGUGAAAGAUAAUUGCAUGUUUUCUGCGAUAAAGAGAGGAAAAAUCUUUUUAUUCAUCUUAAAACAGUGUCUAAUGUUCUCAGUUUUGCCUUGCAUGUAAAAGGUCUUUCUUUGUUCAUUACUAACAGUGAGUAGAGGUGUAUGUCACAGCUAGACAACCAAGGACACAAUACCUUAUGAGAGACAUAAUAAACUGGACAAAACUGUUCUGGAUUGACGUUUUAUCAUACAAAAAUAAAACAAGCCAUUAUAAGGACCCUUAAUGAUAUUUUUGUCCUUUAAAACAAUAUUAAAUUCCACAUGUAAUGGAAUAAUAUUUUCAUGUUGAUCACACAAGAAGGAAUUGCGUUACGGCGUAUCAAACCUUGGUAACAAAAUCACCAAGGUACACAAAAUCAUGUAAUUUUUAAGAAAAACAAAUCACAAGUUUUUCGAUGAAAAAGAAGCGUUGUCAUGUUAGAAUGUUGUCUCCAAAUAAAUCUUGCUGCAAAGAUAACUUGGAUCGAGUCAUUUACGUGCAGCAGCAUAAUUAUCCUUUGAUAAAUCAGCAGUUAAGAGAGUCAAAAAAGAUUCAAGCUGCGAUACAUAUAUACAUGUAUAUGCUAUACCACUGAAGGGCCACGAGGCAAAUCCACAGAGUUGUUUGAAUCAAGCUGUUGUGCAACACAACGUGAGACUAAAUGGCAAGCCCCUGAGAGAAAAGGCAAGAAAUAUAGUCCAGCAACUAUUAGAGAGGCCCAUAUAGCAGUGUCAGAAGUUCUUGGCCGACUAUGCUUUAACACAGCAGCAUUUCGUGGCUGCUAGCAUGGAACAGAGCGUCAGCAACAGGCUGCCAUCUUCAAAACAGAUGGAGGACCGACCUAGUGGCAAGAAGAGUUUUAAGAUGACGCAAGUCUGAAGAAAGGGCUAUAUUUGAGUGGUCAAAUAAGUUGUAGACUGUCCUUAAGUUUUCCUUGUGCUUUCCCGUUGAAUGCUUUUUGAAACAUCCACAAAAACGUCACGAUAUUCUUAACACAAUAACCCGUCAUUUUUUUAUUCAUUUUUUUUUCUUAAAAACAAUGUGAUUUUUGCAUCCCUUUGUGAUUUUGUUACUGUGUUUGAAUACGCUGUAAUGCAAGUCCUCCUUGCACAAUCAAAUUUUCCAAUGUGUGGAAUUUGAUAAACUUCAAAAGAGAAAAAUAUAAUUGAGGUUUCUUGGCUUGUUAUAUUUUUGUAUAAUGUAACAUCAAUCCAGAACGGUUUUGCCCAGUGUACUAUGAGAGCAUCUAUGAAAGAACCAGUAAAAAACAGUUAAGAACAAGUUAAAAGAAGGCUAAUAGAACAUGACCAUAACACAGUGAAUACCACAAUUAUAUUGUGAAAUAUAAAGCAAUGAGCUGGAUGACUGGCAUUAUUCAUGAGCCGAUAUGACAUUCAUAUUAGAUAUAUGUAGACUAUAUCAUACAGGUAAGCUGAGAAAAAAGCAUUCAGCUAUAUCUGUUAAUGUAAGAUCAUCAAUGAAAACAAUAAUUCUUGUUUCAUUUAAAGUCCCUGGAAAAAAGACCUUGAGAAUCUCAGACCCCACUCCCUUGGAAAUUGCCUCCUCUUGGACCCCCUUUCCACUGGAAUUUCUGAUGCCCUCCGUGAGGGGAAGUAUAAACCGCAUCCUGGUGUGGAGGAUAACAGCUUCAAUUUUCUCAUGAACCUAUGCAGGUAUACAUGUAAUACCUCCUGGAGUAAUAUUUAAUAUUGUUGUUAUUGUGACAUGUAUUUUCUGCUGACACUAAACAUGAAAGGCAUUUUAAAAUAACCUCAGUGAAUUGGUAAUGAUCAAAUGUAAACACAGCACUGGUUUAUUCAUUAAAAGUUCUUACAUGAAUCAAGUGAACUCACUCACUUCAAUUCCUCAUGAACCUAUUGUUGUGGUGCAUAAAGCUACCAUGGUGGCCAAUCAUUUACAUAAAACUGGUAUUAAAUGAGGUACAGUAACACCAGCAAAUAAGAACCUACUUUUUUUGAAGUCUGGCAAAAUAGGUUCUUGUAUUUUGGGGUACUUAAUGGCAAUUUAGGCUAUGUAGUUUCUUAAUUAGGUUCUUUAUAGUUUUUACGUAUGAAGGAGAUACAUUGUUGAUUUAAAAUCACAAAAAUAAAUUUUAAACUUUUUAAAGUUAUUCAUAAUAAUUGUAUUAUGUCAUAUAACCCUAACAAAACUGAUGACCAAAUUUCUUGUUAGUCUCAAUUGCAGAUUCAGAAUCUGUAAGCCAUGUUUUGUUCCUUGUAUUUAGUCCACAAAAGAGAAGACAUGGUCCCUGCAGGGUUGAACAUAGCGGUGACCAUGGAAACUUGGGAUAUAACGAAUUGCGGCAUGACUCAGGAGCUCGCCACGAAUGUUUUGUGAAGAAAGCUUAG